CCCAGAAAUGGGAGGGGCAGGGGAGGUGGGGACAGAGUGGGAGGAGGUGGGGACAGAGUGGGAGGAGGUGGGGACAGAGCGGGAGGAGGUGGAGGCGAAGCCAUUCUACAACCCGGGACGGUCUGGCCUGCUUUUCCUCCCUGAACCGGCCCAAUGACUGGCUCCCUCACGCUGACCACUCCUCUGGGCUGACCUCCUGCACUCGCACUCGCGCUAACAGCCCAGGCUCCAGGGACAGCCUGCGUUCCUGGGCCGGCUGGGUGCAGCUCUCUUGGAGGAGCUGGAAAGGUGCCCGACUCCAGCCAUGCUGGCGCUACUGUGUUCCUGCCUGUUCCUGGCAGCCGGUGCCUCCGACGCCUGGACGGGCGAGGACUCGGCGGAGCCCAACUCUGACUCGGCGGAGUGGAUCCGAGACAUGUACGCCAAGGUCACGGAGAUCUGGCAGGAGGUCAUGCAGCGGCGGGACGACGACGGCGCGCUCCACGCCGCCUGCCAGGUGCAGCCAUCAGCCACACUGGACGCCGCGCAGCCCCGGGUGACCGGCGUCGUCCUCUUCCGGCAGCUCGCGCCCCGCGCCAAGCUCGACGCCUUCUUCGCCCUGGAGGGCUUCCCGACCCAGCCGAACAGCUCCAGCCGCGCCAUCCACGUGCACCAGUUCGGGGACCUGAGCCAGGGCUGCGAGUCCACCGGGCCCCACUACAACCCGCUGGGCGUGCCGCACCCGCAGCACCCCGGCGACUUCGGCAACUUCGCGGUGCGCGACGGCAGCCUCUGGAAGUACCGCGCCGGCCUGGCCGCCUCGCUCGCGGGCCCGCACUCCAUCGUGGGCCGGGCCGUGGUCGUCCACGCUGGCGAGGACGACCUGGGCCGCGGCGGCAACCAGGCCAGCGUGGAGAACGGGAACGCGGGCCGGCGGCUGGCCUGCUGCGUGGUGGGCGUGUGCGGGCCCGGGCUCUGGGAGCGCCAGGCGCGGGAGCACUCCGAGCGCAAGAAGCGGCGGCGCGAGAGCGAGUGCAAGGCCGCUUGAGCGCGGCCUCCACCCGGCGGCGGCCAAGGACCCCCGAGGCCACCCUCUGCCUUUGAGCUUCUCCUCUGCUCCAACAGACACCCUCCACUCAGGUCUCACCUUCGCCUUUGCUGAAGUCUCCCCGCAGCCCUCUCCACCCAGAGGUCUCCCCUAUACCGAGACCCACCAUCCUUCCAUCCUGAGGACCGCCCCAACCCUGGGAGCCCCCCACUCAGUAGGUCUGAAGGCCUCCAUUUGUACCGAAACACCCCGCCCACGCUGACAGCCUCCUAGGCUCCCUGAGGUACCUUUCCACCCAGACCCUCCUUCCCCACCCCAUAAGCCCUGAGACUCCCUCCUUUGACCUGACGAUCCUCCCCCUUCCCGCCUUCAGGUUCCUCCUAGGCGCUCAGAGGCCGCUCUGGGGGGUUGCCUCGAGUCCCCCCACCCCUCCCCACCCACCACCGCUCCCGCGGCCAGCCAGCCGGUGCAGCGGAAGCCAGGCCAACUGCCCCGCGUCUUCAGCUGUUUCCCAUCCACCGCCACCCCACUGACAGCUGCUCCUUUGGGGGAAUGUUUGGCAACCUUUGUGUUACACAUUAAAAAUUCAGCAAUUCAGUA